AUGUACAGUGUAGCCUCCCUUGCAUGCUUUUAUUCGAAGUUAGUCUCAUGUACUUUAUUGUAUGAUACAUGUAGUAAAUCUCUGUGA